GGUAAGAUAGAAAAACUCAUUCUGCGGAACCAACUCAUUGCCGCACUGCGACGUGUAUCUUUCUCACCAAUAUUCCCUCGUAGAUAUUUCUUCAUAUUUCGAGCCCAUAACUUACCUGGCUUUUCCUCUUCAUUUAUCUCCGAGCAUUUGGAUUGCCAUGCACAGAUACUUAUCUCCAUCAUUUAUCCUUCAAAACCCAAACUUCAAUCAAUGAGUUCUUCCCCCGAGGACCCGUCGUAUGAGAUUCCAUUGACACCGGGAGAGCAACAAGUAUCUACCCUUCUGCUAUCGCGGUAUGAUGGUGUAGUUCCUCAGCAAAAUGGUCUUUGGUGCGCUCAAAUCUACAAUAAUCACUAUCUUAAAUUGUUGGGAACGUUCAAGUCUGAGAUAUCCGCGGCCCGAGCUUACGAUAGCGCGGCUAGAAAACUCUGCGGCAGUGACUUCUUCCGUAACUUGUUCUUAACGAAUGUCACCAUUCAUGAACCCAAUUUUCAGAGCAUGUACACCAACGAAGCCGUUAUUGAUAUGAUUCGGGAUGGCUCUUACGAACCCAAGUUCAUUGAGUUUGUUUGGAUUCACCACCCAAACUUCAGCUAUAGCGGUUUUGUUGCAUGGCCUACCGCUUUGGACACUAUCCCUGGGAACCUUUUUAAGGAAAUGUUUCAUAAAGAGCUGAUUUUGACUGACAUGGAGAAUAAGGAAGUAUUGGUUUUACCCUAUCAAGCUUUAUUUUACUUUCCGCCGUUGAAUUCCAAAACAGUCGAAGUAUGGCUUGAGUUUAAAGAUAGGAGAAAUCAGAAAUGGGCAUUUAAAUAUUGUUAUCGGAGUAAUAAUCACAGCUACGUGCUCACUGCGGGUUGGGACAUGUUUGCGAAUGAGAUGCAGCUUUGUGUUGAUGACAUUGUUGUCUUCUAUCGAUGUAGGGACUGGAAAAAGUGUCCUAUAAAAAUUCUGGAUGUGGUUGACAUCAUCCGGGGAGUCAGAAACACUGAUAAGCAAUGGCGGCUCGGUGAGGCUUACAUGCAUGCGAAUGACUGACUGCUAUACAUUCACUGAGUUAUUUCUCUUCAAAAAUUUUAGAAUCUUUUUCUAGAAUCUUAUGUUUAAUGUUUUAUUUGA